AUGUCAGUAUUUCACGUCCAUGAUUGGCUUGCACUUGAAGUAAUCGAUGCUAAUGUGUUUGCAGUUGGUGAAUUAAUAGACAAUCGAGAUCAGUUAGUAGUAGGUAGUACAUCUGGUCAAAUUUGGGUGAUUGAUCCGAAUCAGGCACAUGAUUCGAAAGGACAGUUGAGUUGUUUGUUACAAGAGCAAUUACAAUUUGGUAUUAUUGAUAUUGCAAUUGAAAAAUUUGUUCAUGGAAUGGAACAAAAUUUGAUAGCUUUUUUGUCACCGCAAAAACUGAUAAUUUGUCGUUUGACUUCAGAUGGAGAGUUGUACUCAUUGAAUAUAUUACAUGAGCAUCAACUGCUCACAGUAGCUUACAAUAUGUGUAUUGGAAAAUUCGGAAACACUAAAAGUAUUCAAAUUUGUGUACAGGAUUUAAAUUGUUCCCUGAUGGUUUUUGAAGCUGAGAAUCAGCUCUUCCAAAGAUCAAUCAGUUCAACUUCUGCCUUAUUUCCUGGUCCAAUCAUUUAUGCAUCUCAGUCAGAUUCCAUACUUACUGCUACUUCUUCUGCGCUCCUAACCUCUUAUAAGUAUUCAAUGCUCACAAUUGCAUCAAAUGGUAAAUACGGUAAGAAAUUAACAGCUGAUUGGGUAUUUAGUCUUGGGGAUUAUCCUUUAAAUUUAGCAGUUAUUGAUACUCCUCCUGUGCAGCCUUCUGUUGUAAUUUUAUGCAAACGUAUUAUUUUUUGCUUAACUCUUGGUGGUGCUUUACGCUUUUGUUACCGUUUGCAGUGUGUUGCUACUUCACUUUUAGUAUACAAUUCCACAAGAGAUGCAUACGUUCAAUUUUGCAUUGCAACAUCUACUCGAACGCUACUUUUUUUCAAAGAUACAACUUUAGUAUGGGCAGCACAACAUUCAUAUACACCAAUUCAAAUUAAUUUGUGUACAUUCAGCUCAGUAUACCGUUCAAUGUUAGUGAUUUUGUCGAAUUCGAGAAUAUCUGUAAAUUAUUUGGGUACGGAACCAGCGAUUUUCCAACUUAUGCUUCCUCAAACGCGAUUUAUAGAUUUCCAACAACGUUACGAAGAGUUUGCAGAGCUUGAAGCUGUCAUCCGUAAAAAGCCAAUAGAGUUACUCGAUGCUUCUACUACUCAAAAGCCAUUGACACUGAAUUAUUCGUUCGGCGAGUUGGAUCAUAGUUCGGUAAACAAAGAUCAAGUUUUUUUUACUGUAUAUGUUUUGGCACAAAAAAUUGCAUCAAAAUUUCCAUUACGAUUUCAAAAAUUUGUAAUAUUAUCAUUUUUAUUGCGAUUAAUUGAAGUUUGCUAUGGUAUUUGUGUUAUGUUUAAGCAAACAGAGGAUUCACUGCAAAUUCCUAUAUUAGCUUUAAACGUUGAACUGUUAUGUAAUACACGUGCAUUAAACGUUAAACUAAUCUGCUCAAGCGGAUUUAGCGUCGAUCCCAAUUAUUUAUCGUUUGAUGCUGUUGAUAGUUGCGAGAAAGUAUCAUUAAGUGUUUGCGUGAAACGUGAACCAGUUUAUGAUUUACGCUGUAAACUUUGUGCUUUUUCUGCUCAAUAUGGCGAUGUGAUAAGUGAAGAAGUCAAAAUGCCACUGAACUUAAUGUGUCAAUUAGCAAAUCCUCAAAGAGUAACACAAGUUAAAGUUACAAUCGAAUCAACGCAAAAUUCUCUCGAAAUGAAAGAGUUAUUUCCAGGGAUUUGUUUCAAAUUCGAAAUCGAGAACAAUACAGCAAUUGGCUUCCAACCUUAUCUAUCAGAGAAGAUCGUAUCAAUAUUUAUAUCACAAAAAAAUAAGCGUUAUCGAAUUCAGGCAGAAAGUUUAGACUUCAUUUAUCUAUUUAUGAAUGAACUAAUUGCAAGGAUUGAAGACAAACAACCACUUGCAAAACUUACUUGCUCUCUUCCAUCAGAUGAAAUUUUUUGCAAAUUAAAUGAGUACAUUCAACAAGAAAAAAGAAGAGAAGAAUUAGAAAAAACAAUGCAGAAGCUCAGCACACUAUUAAGGGAUGUUCAAAUGACCACUUUGGGAAAAUUGAAAACAGAACGAGCAGCAGAAGUCGAUCAUAUGAACACUUUAUUAGAAUACACACAUCAAAAGAUUACAUCAUGUAUAGAUGAGUUAGAAGAGCUAAAUGUACAUUUGCGCACUGCUAACAAGUCACUUCAAGCCACGUUUAAUCUUACUCAUCUAAUCACUUCCCUUAGAGGCAAUCCAAUACCAUUCGAUGGUAGUAUUGUCAGCAAUUCAGAACAAUCAGUCUUGGAUCGGAUUAAAUGGGCAAUGUCAGCAUUCCAAUCAAUGGAUAUGAAUGCAGAUUUGAAAUCAGAUGAUCUAAUCAAUUUGUUAAGAUUGCACUGCGAAAGUAAAAUAGGCCUCAUGGCUGACAUUAAAGAAGAUGAUGAGGAAGAAAUCGAUAAAGAACCAGAAAAAAUUAUUGAUCCAUUCAUUUAUAAUUUCUCAUCUAAAUAA